CGUUCUUUAAGAGCGUGAUCCAAGUCAUAAGUUUACCGUACCGAGGUCACGAGAUAAACUCUAAUUUGAAUCAAAAGUUAUCGAGUGGUGGAAAAUGGCGUCAUCCGAAUCAGCUGAAAACCUGCUUGCGGGCUAUGACGACCAAGAUAGCGAGCCCUACGAAGAAAUCCCACAAGAAAAUCCGAUUUCUCUAAAACGUUCUUUGGGAAUUCCAGGUGGAACUGCUUUUCUCAUCGGCACGAUAAUCGGCUCCGGCAUCUUCGCGACACCGAAAUGGGUGCUGUUUUACGUCGGUUCAGUUGGCAUGUCCUUGGUGAUGUGGGCUUUCUGUGGGGUGAUUUCUCUACUUGGAGCACUGUGCUACUGCGAAUUGGGAACUUUGAUUCCAAAAUCAGGUGGUGAGUACCAGUAUCUGCUGAAAGCGUAUGGUCCUCUUCCAGCUUUCCUGUACGCGUGGAUGUCCGUGUUGUUUAUGAACCCGGCUAGUCAGAUUAUGGUCCUAUUAGUAUUUGGAGCCUACACUGUCGAGGCGUUUCUACCGGGAUGUAGAAGUCGUGAAGAGUAUGUUCCGCUUAUUAAGUUACUAGCAGCUGCAGCAUUAGGCGUUAUCACCUUUGUCAACUGCGUAAGCUUGAAAUGGGCCGUUCGAAUACAGAUUUUCUUUACUGCGGCCAAGAUGAUCGCCAUUUUUAUGUUGGUAUUCACAGGAAUUGUUCGCUUAACACAAGGCUAUACAAAUGCCUUUGAAAACGCAUUUAACGGAACUAGUCCAGAGAUAGGGAAAUUUGCGUUUGCCUUUUACAAUGGACUAUUUUCAUACAAUGGAUGGAACCAACUGAAUUAUGUCAUAGAGGAAAUAAAAAAUCCUGAAAGGAACCUUCCGCUUAGCAUUUUCAUUGGUAUCCCUCUUGUGAUAGUGUGCUAUCUGUUGGUGAUUAUUGGAUACCUUACGGUGCUUACACCACAGGAAUUUCUGACUACUGAUGCGGUUGCUGUGACCCUAGCAAACCGGUUAUAUGGAGUCAUGGCUUGGAGUAUUCCAAUACUCGUCUCUUGCUCCACGUUUGGUUCCGCCAAUGGCAGUGCCUUUUCAGGAGGAAGAUUAGCUUUCGCUGCCGCAAGAGAAGGUCAUCUUCCUCGCUUUCUCGCCAUGAUUCAUACCAAGCGAAGAACCCCUCUCCCGGGGCUCAUAUUCUCUAGUAUCAUUUCGUUUGUGAUGAUUAUUCCUGACUCUUCGUCUUUUGAGGUGCUUCUAAGCUAUAUGGGAUUCUUCAACUGGUUCGGCUAUUUACUUUCUAUCUCAAGUAUCAUUUGGCUGAGGUACAAAGAACCUGAGGUCAGGCGACCAUUCAAGGUAUGGUUUGGAAUUCCCAUAUUCAUGGUUGUGGUUUCAUUGUACCUGGUAAUUGCGCCCUUUUAUGAGACCCCACUACAAUCAUUUUAUUGCGUGCUGUUCGUUUUAGCUGCAAUUCCAUUUUACUUGGCGUUUGUUCGAUAUGAAGUGGUUCCACGGUGUUUCCUUCUCUUUUUUAAUCGUGUAACUUACAAACUUCAAACAAUCUGCGACGUGGCGCUUCCUGUGGAGGAAGGAGACAUUGAGGCAUCUUCGUCAUUGAUGAGCCAACAAUCUGACUGAAUAGAAACAAAUAAAGA